AACAAAUUGAAAAAUAGUAAAGGAAAAAAAAGGAAAGGUGAGUCGAAGCAGAGACGAGGUCCUCUCUCUCUGUUUCAUUGUCCGUACCAUCGAAGUUUCUCAAACCAACCGCAAACGAGGAGACGCUGUACCAGGCAGAGAACAAAAAAACCGAUCCAAUAUUCUGUCGUCAAUUGCUUGGAUUCGCUGAUUUCCGUUUGUGUUGUUGUGGUGGUGGUCGUGUUGUCGAUAGAAGAGGAGGAAGAUGAGUGGUGGAUGGGAUAGGGUUAGGACAUCGAGAUCGAGACUGGGCGGCAGUCCUACAGAGCCGGACCGGACCGGAUCAUCUCGGACGGUUCGACUAGGCAGAGUCCAGCCUCAGGCGCCCGGUUAUCGGACCGUCUACUGCAAUGAUCGCGAGGCCAAUCUCCCCGUCAGAUUCAAGGGAAACUCAAUAUCGACAACGAAGUACAACUUUUUUACUUUUAUACCCAAAGGGCUGUUUGAACAGUUCCGGCGAGUGGCCAACCUCUACUUUCUUACAAUCUCAAUUUUGUCAUUUACUCCUGUGAGUCCUGUGAAUCCUGUUACGAAUGUGGUUCCUCUGAGUCUGGUGCUUUUUGCCUCUCUUGUUAAGGAGGCAUUUGAGGAUUGGAAGCGUUUUCAGAAUGAUAUGGUGAUAAAUAAUAGCCCUGUAGAAGUGCUCCAAGAUCAAAAGUGGGAGACCAUCCCCUGGAAAAGGUUGCAGGUUGGAGAUAUUGUGCGAAUUAAGCAGGAUGGAAGCUUUCCUGCAGAUCUAGUUUUCCUUGCCAGUACAAACCCUGAUGGUGUUUGUUACAUUGAGACUGCAAAUUUGGAUGGGGAAACUAAUUUGAAGAUCAGAAAGGCAUUGGAAAAGACUUGGGAUUACUUGACCCCGGAGAAAGCUGCUGAAUUUAAAGGCGAGCUGCAAUGUGAACAACCAAAUAAUUCCUUGUAUACUUUUACUGGCAAUCUUAUAAUUCAAAAGCAAACGUUGCCUCUGACUCCCAACCAAAUUCUUUUGCGAGGUUGUAGUCUCAGGAACACUGCGUACAUUGUUGGGGCUGUUAUUUUUACAGGUCAAGAAACAAAGGUUAUGAUGAAUGCCAUGAACGUUCCUUCUAAAAGGAGUACAUUAGAGAGGAAGCUUGACAAGCUUAUACUCACUCUUUUUGGCACUCUCUUUUUCAUGAGUCUAAUUGGAGCCAUCGGCAGUGGUGUAUUCAUAAAUCGCAAGCACUAUUACUUAGGUCUUGAUGAACACGUGGAAGAUCAGUUCAAUCCUAACAAUCGAUUUCUGGUUGCUAUCUUGACCAUGUUUACCCUCAUUACUCUUUUCUCAACUAUAAUUCCUAUCUCUUUAUAUGUUUCCAUUGAGAUGAUCAAAUUUAUCCAAUGUGCUCAAUUUAUCAACAAGGACCUACACAUGUACCAUACUGAAACAAAUACCCCUGCGUUGGCCAGGACAUCGAAUUUAAAUGAGGAACUUGGGCAGGUGGAGUAUAUAUUUUCUGAUAAAACCGGAACUUUAACCAGAAAUUUAAUGGAGUUUUUUAAGUGCUCUAUUGGAGGAGAGAUAUAUGGAUCCGGAAUUACUGAAAUAGAGCUUGGAGGAGCGCAGCGGAAAGGAAUGAACGUCCAAGAGGCGCAAAAACCAGCUAAUGUUGCAUGGGAGAAAGGUUUCAAUUUUGAUGAUGCCAGGAUUAUGCGAGGGGCUUGGAGGAAUGAGCCUAAUCCUGAUAUUUGCAAGGAAUUUUUCAGAUGCCUUGCCAUAUGCCACACUGUACUUCCUGAAGGUGAAGAGUCCCCUGAAAAAAUUAGAUAUCAAGCUGCAUCACCAGAUGAGGCUGCUCUAGUUACUGCUGCAAAGAACUUUGGUUUCUUCUUUUAUAGGCGUACACCUACCAUGAUAUAUGUUCGUGAAUCUCACUUGGAGAGGAUUGGCAAUAUCCAAGAUGUGGCUUAUGAAAUUCUAAAUGUUUUGGAGUUCAACAGCACAAGGAAACGCCAAUCCGUUGUGUGCCGGUACCCUGAUGGGAGGCUUGUUCUGUACUGCAAGGGAGCUGAUACUGUAAUAUAUGAGAGAUUGGCUGCUGAAAGUGAUAGUAUAAAGAAAGUAACCAGGGAACACUUGGAACGGUUUGGAGCUGCUGGAUUACGUACCCUUUGCCUAGCCUAUAGAGAUUUACAUCCUGAUUUUUACGAAAGCUGGAAUGAAAAGUUUAUCCAGGCUAAAUCAUCUCUUAGAGAUCGUGAAAAGAAGUUGGAUGAGGUGGCAGAACUCAUAGAAAAGGAUCUUGUUUUGAUUGGGUGUACUGCUAUAGAAGACAAGCUUCAGGAAGGAGUACCGGCUUGUAUAGAGACUCUUUCUAGAGCAGGGAUUAAGAUUUGGGUUCUAACUGGUGACAAGAUGGAAACAGCGAUAAACAUAGCUUACGCAUGCAAUUUAAUUAACAAUGACAUGAAGCAAUUCAUAAUCACUUCAGAAACUGAUGCAAUUAGAGAAGUAGAGGAUAGGGGUGACCAAGUGGAAAUUGCACGCUUUAUCAGGGAAGAAGUCCAGAAACAACUGAAGAAGUGUCUCGAUGAGGCACAGCAUUAUUUACACUCUUUAUCUGGAACGAAGUUAUCGCUUGUGAUUGAUGGAAAAUGUUUAAUGUAUGCAUUAGACCCAAGUUUGAGGGUGAUGCUUCUCAAUUUGAGCUUGAAUUGUAGCUCAGUUGUCUGCUGUCGAGUUUCUCCUUUACAGAAAGCACAGGUGACGAGUCUAGUCAAGAAAGGUGCACGAAAAAUAACUCUUAGUAUUGGAGAUGGUGCAAAUGAUGUUAGCAUGAUUCAAGCUGCUCAUAUUGGCGUUGGAAUAAGUGGUCUGGAAGGGAUGCAAGCGGUUAUGGCCAGUGAUUUUGCAAUUGCCCAGUUUCGAUUCCUCACGGAUUUACUUCUUGUGCAUGGGCGCUGGUCAUAUCUUAGAAUAUGCAAGGUUGUGACUUACUUCUUUUACAAGAAUCUUACGUUCACCUUGACCCAAUUUUGGUUCAACUUUCGUACUGGAUUUUCUGGGCAAAGAUUCUAUGAUGAUUGGUUCCAGUCAUUGUAUAAUGUCCUGUUUACAGCCCUGCCUGUGAUCAUUGUUGGGCUUUUUGACAAGGACGUCAGUGCUUCCCUUUCGAAGAAGUACCCUGAGCUAUACAGGGAGGGAAUAAGGAAUAUGUUUUUCAAAUGGAGAGUUGUAGGAAUAUGGGCUUUCUUUUCUGCCUUUCAAUCCCUGGUCUUCUAUCACUUUGUGACCACCUCCAGUUCUACUGGAAUGAAUUCGUCUGGCAAGAUGUUUGGUCUAUGGGAUGUUAGCACAAUGGCCUUCACUUGUGUUGUGGUAACUGUAAACUUGCGUCUCUUACUGAUGUGCAAUUCGAUAACUAGGUGGCAUUAUAUUAGUGUUGGAGGAAGCAUUUUAUUAUGGUUCAUAUUCGCCUUUGUAUACUCAGCUAUUAGGACCCCAUACGAUCGGCAGGAGAACCUUUAUUUGGUCAUAUACGUAUUGAUGAGUACAUUCUAUUUCUACAUCACACUCCUCCUUGUCCCUGUGGUUGCUCUUUUUGGCGACUUUGUCUACCAAGGGAUUCAAAGAUGGUUCUUCCCCUAUGAUUAUCAGAUUGUUCAGGAAAUGCACAGGGAUGAUCCUGAUGAUAAUAGCAUGGCAGAAACGCUGGAGAUGGGGAACCUGCUCACUCCAGCAGAGGCAAGGAGCUAUGCCAUAUCUCAACUCCCAAGAGAAUUAUCAAAGCAUACUGGCUUUGCAUUCGACUCUCCUGGGUACGAGUCAUUUUUCGCUGCACAGCUGGGUAUAUAUGCUCCACAGAAGGCAUGGGAUGUCGCCCGCAGAGCUAGCAUGAAGUCACGGCCAAUGGUACCCAAAAAGAAUUAAUCACCGAAAGUGAGUUACUGUACAUUCUUCUUUUUUAUACAGAGUUUAGAAAAAUAUGUAAAAUUAGGUGUAUUAUUUUGUUUUCGUUGUUUCCCCCCUUUUUUCCCUUCCAAUUUUUUGAACUCCAUCUUAUUCCGCCCGAGGAAUCAGUGGUUUUUAGGCUUGUUACGAAUGUACAGAUACUUUAUCAAUUUAAAACGUACAUGACAAAAAAUUCUAUCAUGGCAAGUCAGUUUAGUUC